AUGUCUCGUGUUAAUUUAUCUAUCUUGGCCAUCUUCUUGAUCGCUCUCUUUGCGAUUAGCUCUCAAGCUGCUGACAUGACCAUAAUGGUCGGUAAAGGAAAUACAUUAACAUUCCAACCGCAAAAUGGAACAGUUUCCAAGGGUGACGUCAUCACUUUCAUGUUCGUCGGUGGUACUCACAGUGUUCUCCUAGCAGACACUGCCGCUACCAAAUGUAAUAUGUCCACCAAGAUUGCAAACCCAAAAAUCGCUGGUCCAACUGCAGCUGGUGGCAAGAACGCUACCUACACGGUAACAGGUGAUAUAGCCAAGAUCUGGUAUUACUGUGGUGUUCCCGGACACUGUGACAAAGGUAUGUGGGGUCUCUUGUCCCUUUCUACUGGUACUCCGAGUAACUCCACCUCCACUGGUGACGCCGCAACCUCUACCGACGCCUCCUCACCAACUGCAGCAGCGGUGCUGGACGAGUUGAAUUUAGCACUGCAGCUGUUGUCGGUGGUUUCAUACUUUACGUCGCUGCUCAAGGCUUGA